GAUCAUUUUUUGACAAACAUCAAAUUAUACAACAUAUUUGCAAUGAGUUUAUGGUUAUAUUCAGAUCUAGUUUGUUUGUGAGAGUUUAAAUAGCGUAUAGCUUGUUAAAUAGUGAGCUAAAAGACCGUUUAAUCCCAUAGUAACGUAAUCACGCGACGGUUAAGAUACACUCAUGCAACACAGAAACACUGUCAUGUAGUUUUGUUAAACGGCUGUGUCUUUAUUUAGACAUUCAUGGAUCCUACAGUAUGACGAAACGUGCGUCCAUUGUUUUUAUUAAGCAGAACAGGUUUGCACGAACGCUAUGAGAUCAAGAGGCGCAGCUGUUUUCACAAGACAGAAUCCAUUUCCUCCGGAUCCCCCUUUGUCCAGGAGCCACUACAGUCCAUCUAGAUCCAGAAAAAUCCCAAAGCAACAAAAAAGACUGGUCUUGAGUCCUGUCCGGUUUUCUGAGUCACCCAGUCCUUCAGAUCUUCCUACUCGGGCAUCACCUUUGAGGACGGAGGACCAGGUCUUCCAUGAAAGAUCACGUAGUGUCCUGCUCUGUCCUCCUUCUACUCAAUGCCAGCUGAGCUACUCCGAGUCUUGGCCUUCUACUGACCUGAGUUGCUCUACAGACAACAUUAACACUUCUGUCUGCUCUGAAGCUCAGAUACAAGCCAUGAGAAACAUGGUUGCACCAACAAUAAUUGAGGCAAAGGAACCCUCAGUUCUUGCAAAGUACAUUGAACGCUUCCGUUUCGGAAAGCCACAGAGUCGAGACGAAAGACGCCUUCAGGCAACUGAUGCAGAAGAUGACCAGCCGUUUUGGUGGAUGUCCACAUCCCCUCCAUCCAGUUCAACACCAGCACACCCAUCAGAGAAAUAUAUCAGAGCACCACUUGACCUCAUGAAGGAUGGCCCCGCCAGCACCCAGAGCCCAAUCUCAAAGCCACUGCAUGAUGAAACCACGCUGUCUCCAGCUAGACAAAUGCUUGACCUUAGUAUGCUGACAUUAUCUGAAUCAUCCCACUGUGAUCAAGAAGAACCAGAGAUACUGCAGCUACAGGAGCGAGCCAGCCGUUUACUGCAGAGAAGUGAGCAUUCGCUCAGCAGUGGCUCCGUGCCUAUCAGCUCUGAGGGUCUGGGCUGCUCUGAUUUCUCCUCCCCCGUAAGCACUGAUGAGCCAGUCCGAAGACCACUCGUGUCCACCUUAAUGGGCUCAACCAACAUGAUUGUAGAGCCCAGUCUGUGUGAGGGAAUGUCUUUUCCUCCUCCUGCGGUUGGUUCAGAGAGGUCAGGUGUCCGUCGUGAAGAUGACAUCCUGUUUCAGUGGCGACUAAGGAGGAAGAUGGAACAGGCCAGACAAUGGAGUCAGGAGGCCCCUUCCCACAAUUCUGUUCUCCAUAUACCUCUAUCACCAAACCAGAAGGCACACUGUAGCACUUUAAACGGCACGUCUCAUCAGAGAGCAAACCUCUCAUUCACCCUCGCUAGACUCGAUCUUCCAGUCCCUGAGACUGCUCUCCCAAUUUCAAGCCCCAGUGUCUCCAGACUUCAGCCUGAUGAGCAACCAGACCCCGAUAUCCAACCCAAACCCCUUCCCCAGCAGAGACUGUCCUCCAGGAAAGCUGUCACAAAGAGUCUAGAAACCCCUUCUGCCCAACCACAACAUCACAAGCCAAUCAGAACACAGGUCAGCAUCCCAGAGACCACAGCAGAUCACCACAGAGCGCAGACAUCCUCUUCUCCAUCUCCACUGACUUCUGAUAGCACAGAGGAGCGGUGGCCGGCCCCUCACCAUAAGAAAGACACAACAGUCAAAGAAAAGACUGAACAUGAGAGACAUGAGAAGAAGAUUGCACCGUCAAGCCGAAAGAAAACAUCUGAAAGACAUAGUGGCGAGCGAGGCAGCAGUGCAGUGAGGGUCAGGCAUGCUAGGAGUCAUGAAGGGGUCAGUCGCAAACCGGAGGAGCCGAGUGGAAAAAGCAGGUGGCAGGAAGAGGGUCAAAGUUCGGCACGAGGAGGACAGUCUGGAAAUCGAGCACCACCACCUUCACCUAUACAUAAUGCUCUGGGACAGGUUGUCUCUGAGGUGCUUUUUGCUGGGACAGAUUCUCCAAGCCAGUGCAAGACUCCAAGUUCUUCAGAUUCCCCAGUAUAUACACCACCUCCACCCCCACAGUCCCCUGUUGCCUCUUGCUCCGGUGUACAGCAACCCUUGGAGGUCAUAGGUCAACUCAUGCAGGAUGCAGAAGACUCAGAUGGGCAGGAGUUUGAAGACGAUGCUUUGUUGCAAGUCCUCAGACAGCAGAGGAAAUGGAUGAAGGAACAACUUUGUGAGGUUGAUAAGAUGCUCCAGCAGCUCUGACGCACCUGUUUAAUAUAUCAAUGAUGCAAUAUGUUUCACAUUAUCAUGUUUGCUUCUAUUUAUUUAUGCUGUUUUAUGUUGUGUAU